CAGCGGGCUGUUUGAGUUUCGCUCCCGGAGCCAGGUCUCGAGACCCUACGCUUCCGACCGAGAUUGGGUGGGGGAGGGGGCGGUUCUCGGCGCCUCGCGACCCCACUGAGUGGGCCCUUUGCUCCCGGACCCGCACGAGAGGCUUAAAGGAUGGCCUCAGAUCUGGAACGGUUAUGCUCUCAUAUUAAUGAAAAGAUUGGCAAUAUUAAAAAAACUGUGUCAUUGAGAAAUUGUGGGAAAGAGCCUACCUUGAAGACCAUUUUAAAUAAAAUAGGAGAUGAGAUCAUUGUAGUAAAUGAACUUCUAAAUAAAUUGGAAUUGGAAAUUCAGUAUCAAGAACAAACCAACAUUUCCCUCAAGGAACUCUUUGAAUCUCUUGAAGAAGAUUAUAAAGACGUGGAGCAUCUCAAAGAAAACAUCCCUCCCCAUUUGCCUCAAGUAACAGUUACCCAGAGCUUUGUUAACAGAUCAGAUCUUGACCCUGAAGAACCAGUCAAAGUUGAGGAACCUGCACCCACAAAGAAGCCUCUCAAAGAACAAAGAAGUAUUAAAGAAAUGCCAUUUAUAACUUCUGAUGAGUUUAAUGGCAUUCCUGCGUACAUGAAAUCCCGCUUAACCUAUUGUCACAUUAAUGAUGUUAUUAAAGAAAUCAACAAGGCAGUUGUUAGUAAAUAUAAGAUCCUACAUCAGCCAAAAAAGUCUAUGAGUUCUGUGGCCAGAAAUCUCUAUCAUAGAUUUAUUGACGAAGAAACGAAGGAAACCAAAGGUCAUUAUUUUGUAGUGGAAGCUGACAUAAAGGAGUUCACAGCUUUGAAAGUCGACAAGAGGUUUCACGUGAUACUGAAUAUUUUACGACACUGCCGGAGGCUAUCAGAGGUCCGAGGGAAAGGGCUUACCCGAUAUGUUAUAACAUAACGUCCUUGUGAGCUUUUGAACCAGCUAACAGGGUUUAGAGGCUGUUCCUAUAGUUUCCUUACAUGUAAUUUUUUAAUACAUAAUUUUUUUAGCUUUUUCAUUCCUUUUUUGUUUCUUCUAAAAAUAAAGCAUGUAUAUUUAAAAAUCUGCUACCUUACAGUAAGUCCUUCAUCACCUACCAUGUGAGCCUCUGUUGUAGGCAUACAGUGGAACUAAGAAAUGUUCCUAUUUAGUUUUUGUGUUCAGUGACAGUGGCGCCAGUCCCAGUGAGAGGGAUGCAGAUAGAAGCCAAAGUUCAAGAAGAGAAGACCAAGGAAGGCCAGGCUCUCUGGAAUUAAAGGUCAUUAGUGUCUAUAUUCCAUCCCAUAGACUGAUGAUAUUUCAGGCUAUAGUCAGAAGUUGGAUAUGAGGGCAGCACAUUGAUCCCUGCGUUGGGAAGAUCCCCUGGAGAAGGGAAAGGCUGCCCACUCCAGUAUCCUGGCCUGGAGAACUUCCUGGACUGUGUCGUCGAUGGGGUCGCAAAGAGUCGGACACGACUGAGCGACUUUCACUUGUUCACUUUCUUCCAUGUGGUUUUCUGCUUUCCCAUAUGUGGUUAAGGGACAGCUUACCUGAAAUGCCUUCAGUGUAAAUCAGUCUGUAAAC